AUGGCCAUGGCACGCAUGGGCUGGGACGUCGACAUUUACGACGGCCGUCCGGACCUCCGCUUGCCUUCGUCCAAGGCAGCGACCCAACAACGCUCCAUUAAUUUGGCUAUAUCUUCGCGCGGAAUUUCUGCGAUUCAAGCGAUCGACCCCGCUGCGUCAGACCGCUUCCUCCAAACGGUCAUUCCCAUGCGCGGUCGCAUGAUACAUGACACACGGGGGAAGACAUACAGCCAAUUAUACGAUAGGUACGGCCAGUGUAUUAAUUCGAUUGACCGCGCCCUUCUCAACGAGGGUCUCCUGGACGAAGUUUCCGCCGUCCCGAAUAUCCGUAUUUUCUUCAAGCAUAAAGUCAUAGCGGUCGAUUUUGAAGAAGGUGCAAUGACUGUUCAAGACAUUGACUCGGGCAUAAAUCAUCAGGUCCAGUUUGAUUUCUGCAUCGGGGCCGAUGGCAGUUACUCCGUGGUCCGGCGCCAGCUCAUGAGAGUUGUCCGCAUGGAUUAUCAGCAAGAGUACAUUCCGCACGAAUAUAUCGAACUCAAAAUGCCAGCAGGACAAGACGACUCGGGGAAGCCAACGUUUUUAUUGGAACCAAAUCAUCUUCACAUAUGGCCUCGCCAUUCAUUCAUGCUCAUCGCCCUUCCAAACAAGGAUAGAACGUUCACUUGCACCCUAUUUGCUCCUACCACGGAGCUAGAUCGUCUGCGCGACAAGCCCGCUAUCCUGGAGUGGUUUAAUGAAUAUUUUCCAGACGCUGUCAAGCUGAUUGGGCAGGGAACUCUGCUAGCAGAUUUCCAACGCAACCCUCGUAGCCCUCUCAUGUCCAUCAAGGCCAAACCAUAUCAUUACAAGGAUCGCGUCGUUAUUCUUGGCGAUGCCGCCCACUCUAUGGUACCUUUCUAUGGCCAGGGCCUCAAUUGUGGCUUAGAAGACGUCCGAGUUCUCGAUUUACUCAUGCGCGGUGAAGCCGUGGACCCUAACUUGCGGGAGAACCAUCGGGCAGACGCGGCCAUCCAGGGCGCCCCCGAGGAGAAGACAAGGAGGAUUGACGAAGCUUUGGCCAGGGCCCUUCAACGAUAUUCCGACACGAGGCACGAGGACCUUUUGGCUAUCUGCCAGCUCGCCAUGGAUAACUACGUGGAGAUGCGACACUCCGUGACGACGCCGACCUAUCUAUUCCGCAAAGCACUGGACAAUAUCCUGUAUCUGGCGACGGCCCGCAAGCCGCCUGCAGCUUGGGACGAGAUUCUCUCUGACCCUGCUUCCCCCUUCCCGGCAGGCGAGGUCCGCAGCGAAUGGCUUCCGCUGUAUACCAUGGUGACCUUUCGUCCCGACAUCAGUUACGCCGUGGCGAAAAGGAAAGCCGAAAGACAGUCUCGUAUUUUACUCGGUGUGGGAUGGUGUGCGACAGCGGUGACUGGAUUUGCUUGCAUAGGCAUUGGGCUGAUGCACUUCAACAAAGUAUACCGACGAAUGUGA